GAAAUAAAAAUUAAAGACCAACCCAAAUUACCCACAACUUCAUGGUUGAAUUUCAGCCCAUUAUGAGAGAAGUCUCCAUAAAUGUGGAUGGUAGUUGAUAGCUAACUAAAGGAAUUUCUUCAUUUUUUACCCCUCCAUCCCCCAAAACUAAACACACACUCAAUGAUGAUAGUUGGCUACACAAGCAAAAUUAUACCUCUUUCUCAUCAUAAACUAGGAAAUGAGAAAACAAUGUCAUUUAAAGAUGCAAUUUUCCAGAAACCAUGUAGAGUAAGAUGCAGCCACAAUACCAGUUCAUCAAUGGAUGGUUUUGAUGAAGCAAAGGAGAGAAUAAUGGAAAAUUUGGGGAAAAUAGAGUUGUCUCCUUCUUCUUAUGACACAGCAUGGGUAGCUAUGAUCCCUUCAAGACAUUCACUAAGACAACCAUGUUUUCCACAAUGUUUGGAUUGGAUUAUUGAAAGUCAAAGAGAAGAUGGAUCUUGGGGACUAAAUCCUAGCCAUCCAUUGCUUGUGAAGGACUCCCUUUCAUCCACUCUAGCAUGUUUGCUUGCUCUAAGCAAAUGGAAAGUUGGUGAUAAGCAAGUCCAUAGAGGUCUUGGCUUCAUUGAAACUUAUGGUUGGGCAGUAAAUACCAAGGAUCAAAUUUCACCACUAGGAUUUGAAAUUAUAUGUCCCAGUAUGAUCAAAUCUGCAGAAAAACUAAACUUAAAUUUGCCUUUGGAUCUUGACCUUGUAAAUUUGGUGAAUUACAAAGGAGAUUCAACAAUUAAAAGAGUGUUACAGAAUGAUUUUACGGUUGGAAGUAUUGAAUAUAUGGCUGAAGGGCUUGGUGAAUUAUGUGAAUGGAAGAAAAUAAUGUUACAUCAAAGGCAAAAUGGGUCUCUAUUUGAUUCACCAGCCACUACUGCAGCUGCAUUGAUUUACCAUCACUAUGAUCAAAAAUGCUUUGAAUACAUAAAUUCAAUCUUGCAACUACACAAAAAUUGGGUUCCAACUAUAUAUCCAACAAAGAUACAUUCAUUGCUUUGCUUUGUUGAUACAAUUCAAAGUCUUGGAGUACAUCGUCAUUUUAAAGUAGAAAUAAAGAAAGUUCUAGAUGAUACAUACAGGCUUUGGCAACAAAAAAAUGAAGAAAUUUUCUCAAACGUUACCCAUUGUGCCACAGCGUUUCGACUUCUAAGGAUGAACAACUAUGAAGUAUCCUCAGAUGAAAUAGCAGAAUUUGCCAAUGAAGAACAUUUCUUUGCAGCAACUGGGAAAUUUACAAGUCAUGUUGCAAUUCUUGAGCUCCACAAAGCUUCACAAUUGGCUAUUCAUGAGAAAGAUCACAUUUUGGAUAAAAUAAGCAAUUGGACAACAACUUUUAUGGAACAAAAACUCUUAAACAAUGACUUCAUCGACAGUAUGUCAAAGAAGGAGGUGGAACUUGCUUUGAGGAAGUUUUAUACCACAUAUGAUCGAGCAGAAAAUAAAAGGUAUAUCAAGUCAUAUAAAGAGAACAAAUUUAAAAUCUCAAAAGCAGCUUAUAGGUCACCCUACAUUAACAAUAAAGACUUGUUAAUAUUUUCAAUACACGACUUUGACUUAUGCCAAGCUCAACACCGAGAAGAACUUCAUCAACUCAAAAGGUGGUUCGAAGAUUACAGACUAGAUCAACUGGGACUUUCAGAACAGUACAUAUACACUACUUACUUAAUUGGCAUUGCUGUUGUCUCCGACCCUGAAUUCUCCGAUGCUCGUCUCAUGUACGCGAAAUACAUCAUGCUCCUCACCGUGGUCGAUGAUUUUUUCGAUCGUUUUGCAUCUAAAGAUGAAUUGCUCAACAUAAUUGAAUUAGUAGAAAGGUGGGAUGACUACACAAAUGUUGGUUACAAUUCAGAGAGGGUUAAAGUUUUCUUUUCAGUUUUUUACAAAUCAAUAGAGGAGCUUGCAGCAAUAGCUGAAAUUAAGCAAGGUAGAUCUGUCAAAGAUCACCUUACUAAUUUGUGGCUUGAAGUGAUGAAGUGCAUGUUGAUUGAAAGACUAGAGUGGUGGACAAGCAAGAAAAUGCCAAACAUAGAAGAGUAUUUGUAUGUUACUUCUAUAACAUUUGGUUCAAGAUUGAUUCCUCUCACAACACAAUAUUAUCUUGGAAUAAACAUCUCCAAAGAUCUUUUAGAAAGUGAUGAAAUAUAUGGCUUAUGCAAUUGUACCGGCAUAGUCAUGAGGCUCCUCAAUGAUUUACAAACUUACAAGAGAGAACAAGGGGAAAGUUCAAUGAAUUUAGUCACAAUUCUAAUGACACAAAGUCCAAGUAGAACAAAUAUCUCUGAGGAAGAGGCUAUAAUGAAGAUAAAGGAAAUCUUGGAAAGUAAUAGAAGAGAAUUGUUGAAGAUGGUUUUAAUUCAAAAAAAAGGAAGCCAAUUGCCUCAACUAUGCAAAGAAAUAUUUUGGAGAACAAGCAAAAUGGUUUAUUUCACUUAUUCACAUGGUGAUGAAUAUCAUUUUCCAGAGGAAAUGAAGAAUCACAUUGAUGAAGUCAUUUACAAACCACUCAAUCAUUAAUCCCCCCAUUUUUAAUUUAUGUGUUUUUUUUGUGUAAUUUCAAAUAAAAUACUUUUUUUCAUUUUAAUUUAUUUGUUUGAUUUUUAUUUAAUCCUACGAAAUUUAAGAAAGUAAAAAGGACUUUUGAAUCUUUUGAUAUUGAACUAAAAAUAUGUAGAAUAUAUCAAAAUUUUGAAGAUUUAUAAAAUUGAAAUUCUUUGUCA